GAGACCUCAGCCAUGCAGAGCUGAUGAUGAUGACGAUAGCUGACAUCAUAAAGCAAUUAAUUGAAGCUCACGAGCAGGGAAAAGAUGUGAAUCUGAACAAGCUGAAAACCAAGACGUCAGCAAAGUAUGGACUUUCAGCGCAGCCGCGUUUGGUUGACAUCAUUGCUGCUGUUCCGCCACAGUACCGCAAGGUGCUGGUACCAAAGCUGAAGGCCAAGCCAAUAAGAACUGCUAGCGGGAUUGCUGUUGUUGCAGUGAUGUGUAAACCGCACAGGUGUCCCCACAUUAACUUUACGGGCAACAUAUGUGUAUACUGCCCAGGUGGACCUGAUUCUGAUUUUGAAUAUUCAACACAGUCUUACACUGGAUAUGAGCCAACGUCCAUGAGGGCCAUUCGGGCUAGAUAUGACCCCUAUCUCCAGACAAGACACAGAGUGGAACAGCUGAAGCAGUUGGGCCACAGCGUGGAUAAAGUAGAGUUCAUUGUGAUGGGUGGAACGUUCAUGGCCCUGCCUGAAGACUACAGGGAUUACUUCAUCAGAAACCUUCACGAUGCCUUAUCAGGUCACACUUCCAAUAAUGUAGCAGAGGCUGUCAAGUAUUCAGAACGAAGCCUGACAAAAUGCAUUGGGAUAACGAUAGAGACCAGACCAGAUUACUGCCUGAAGCGGCAUUUAAGUGAUAUGUUAUCCUACGGCUGUACGAGGCUGGAGAUUGGAGUGCAGAGCGUGUACGAGGACGUGGCCAGGGACACCAACAGAGGUCACACCGUGAAGGCUGUGUGCGAGUCUUUUCACUUAGCCAAGGAUGCCGGGUUUAAAGUUGUGGCACACAUGAUGCCUGAUCUACCAAACAUGGGGCUUGAAAGGGACAUGGACCAGUUCGUUAGCGAGGAAGAAAAAUGGGAGUUGGAGAGGCGGGCUGGUGGGGAAGAAGUGAUAGAUCACAUCAAUGUGGAGAAGAAUUAUACCUGCGUGGUUUUAAAGAGAAGGGAGUAUGGGAAAGGAGAGAAGGAGGAAUCAAAAAUGCCUGUGUUG